AUGAUUGAAGCGCUUAGAGUGAUUAAGAACGCUAAUGGUGAUAUAAUAAUUCUUUCAGAUGCUAACACGGUGUAUAUUGAGGAGAUAUUAAAGGCAUAUGAAGUCAACGAUCUAAUAUCUAACGUUAUCAGUAAUCCUGCUACAUGGGACGAAGAUGGUAGAUUACAUAUUCGAAGAUUAAAUAAUAUUCCUCAUGGAUGUGAAAAUCCAUGUUCAGAAAAUAUUUGUAAAGGUCAUGAACUUAUUAAGUUUUUAUCAGCACAUCCGAAUGAAUAUGAUCAAAUUAUUUAUGUUGGGGACUCUUUUAAUGACUUCUGUCCUGCAACCAAAAUGUCUAGUAUAAAAAUAUGGACAGACGAAUCAGUCCGCGAGUUAUUUACUGGAAAGAUGCCGACAAAAUACUUGAAUUUAUUAAUGAUAUUUUCGGGAAUCAAAAUAAAUAAAUUAUUGUUUAAUUAUGUUUAG